AUGCCAGCAGUCGAACUGCUCUACGCACGCGACGUGUUCGCUUUGACAGAUGAUGAGCUCGAGACCUAUCUUGCCUCGACCUCGCAGGGCGUACAUCAUGAGUUCAUCGUCCGGGAUCCUGAGAGCUUAUUCCCGUUUCCGCUUGUGUUUAAAGAUCGACUAUUGGCCGCAUCAGCCCGCUUAAACAAGAAGCUGAAUACGAAACCGGUCGAUGUGAUGAACCUCACAGCUCGUUUCUUAUCACUAGAAACGGUUGAACCCUCAUCUCGACUUCCUCACAACUUACGCGCUGCUUCAGGCAAGUUUUCAAACCCCUCGCUCUCAUCAACAGCUUCUACCGGUUCGACCAUCGACGAACCACCCUGCCAGUAUGCCCUGAACCAAGAGGAGAUUGCAUACAAUGAGUUGUUGAAAGAUGGUGGUCGUCCGAUUUUUCCGAUAGAGAAUCUAGAUUUCGAAAUACAAACUGCCGAAUCGACCCAAGGAGUACUGGCAUUCUUCUACGACUACCGACAGCCAAGCUCAAUUGACAUAUAUCGUACGCAGUUGUAUCACUGA